UUUUCUGCUGACGCGACCCUCAUCUCCAUGCUUCAAGCACGUGCGACGUGCGGUCGCGGAUGACACUUGGACCGCUUGGACGCGAUGACUUCGACGCGUUACAUCGCCUGUUCGUGUAACCGCGUGCCCCAUUGCGCCGAUUGGGGCACGAACGGUCUGAUCUGUUUCGGCACGUGCAACGCGAUCGCGAUAUACGAGCCGGACGCGUUCGUGGGUCGCGUCACGCACACGCUACACCGGCAUCGCGAUCGCGUCAACACCGUGCACUGGAUAAGACCAGCCAGAGACGGCGCGUCAGAAACGGAACUGUUAUCCGGUUCCGUAGACGGAACCGCGAUUAUCUGGAGGCUCGAGGAGAGCCAAGAUAACAGCAAACAUUGCCAAGGUUUUUGCGUCAGUUCGGUCCUGGACGUGGGAAGUAUCGUCACCUUCGCCGACUCUCUCCAAUUAUCUGACGACGGCAUUUCGUCGCCUCAUUCGAGGCUGCUGAUAUGCACGGGUUCGAUCAACGGCGAGUUGAAAUUGUGGUUGAGACAGGAAGGCGUCCGAAUUACUCAGACCAUUUCCCAUGGAAGAAAAUUAUCGAUAUACUGUCGUCUGACGUACUUGCCGAAUCCUAAAUGUCCCCUCCUGGCUGUGGCCUUGGAGGAUGCCUCCGUCCAAUUGUACAUUAAAGAGUCCGAAGACUCGAAUUUUGUAAGAGUUCAGAGUUUACUUGGACACCAAGACUGGGUGAGAUGUAUCGAUUUCCAUCGCGAUUGCGACGGAAAUGUUUUCCUGGCGACUGGAUCACAGGAUAAUACGAUACGAUUGUGGAGAAUCACCAGGGAAUCGUCGAGCGAUGAACAAAAAAGAGAUAUCUUUAUGAUAAACAAUAGAGAAUAUAGUGUUAUUCUGGAAUCUGUUCUUUCUGGUCACGAAGGUUGGGUUUACGGAGUGCACUGGCAGCUUAUAAGAGAGAAUCAGAAUCAAACUACAAGAUUGUUGUCCUCUUCGCUGGACAAGUCUAUGAUAAUAUGGGAAUUGGAUGAGUCCAGUGGAAUUUGGAUUGAAAGAGUACGUGUUGGAGAAGUUGGCGGCAAUUCCCUGGGCUUCUAUGGCUGUAAAUUUAGCCCAGAUGGAUUACAUAUAUUGGCGCAUGGUUACCAAGGUUCCUUUCACAUUUGGAAAUAUUCCCAAGAAGUUGCAAAUUGGAUUCCACGAUCUACACCCAGUGGUCAUUUCUCUGAAGUAAUCGACUUGUGCUGGGAACCAAGAGGAAGAUUUCUCAUCACAGCUAGCACAGAUCAAACUACGAGAGUUCAUGCACCAUGGAAGGAUGAUCUUAAGGAAUUAUGGCAUGACAUCGCGCGUCCUCAGAUACACGGAUACGACAUGACAUGUUUAGUUAUGUUAACACCGUACAUGUACGCUUCCGGAGCGGAGGAGAAAGUGGUGCGCAUUUUCACGGCCACGUCAGCGUUUAAAAAUCGUCUAAGACUGCUAGCCGAUAAUGUCGAAGACUUCAAAUUUACAGCGGCCUUUGGUGCUAUCGUACCAUCUCUUGGUUUAACGAAUAAAGCAACGUUCGACAACGAAGAAAACGAUCAGCGCGAAAACAAAAGAGAUCCAAUGACGAAAAAUGUUGCGUAUGAACCACCUACGGAAGAGGAACUGACACAAAAUACACUUUGGCCGGAAUUGCAAAAGCUUUAUGGCCAUGGUUACGAAAUAUUCUGCAUGACAGCGAGACACGACGGACAAUUGUUAGCGACAGCAUGCAAAUCGACCAAUUUAGAACAUUCGGCAAUCAUCUUGUGGAGCACCGACACGUGGUCGCAAGUUCAAAAAUUAAUUUCUCAUCAAUUGACGGUGACGCAGAUGGAAUUCUCUCCGAAUGGCAGAUAUUUACUGUCUGUCUCUAGAGAUAGAAGAUGGUCAUUGUUCAAAAACGAAGGCGAAAAUUAUGCAUUAAUAGCAGUUAGCUUGAAGAAAGACAAUCCGCAUUCGCGAAUAAUUUGGUGCUGUACUUGGACGAGCGAUUCGAAUUAUUUCGCGACUGGUUCCAGAGACGGAAAAAUCGGUAUAUGGCUUGUAGAGACAAUGGAGGACAACAUUAAAGAUGUUAUACCAAAAACGAUUCUAGAUAAAAGAAACCAAUCGGUUACAGCACUAUGCUUUGCAUCAAGUUGCAUAAAAGGAUCUUAUAUUUUGGCUAUUGGAUAUGAAACAGGAUGCAUAGAAAUUCAAAAAAUCACUGUUAAUUUGGAGAAUAUAUGGUCGAGAUUGUUGGAAUAUGAUACUUCCCAGGCUCAUCAUUUAACUGUAAAGAGACUUAUGUUUCGACCUAACAAUGAACAUUCAUGCAGCAUAUUGCAAUUAGCAAGUUGCAGUUCUGAUCAUUCAGUUAAAAUAUAUGAUAUAAAUCUAUCAUCGGAUUUAAAGACGUAAUUUUUAUAAUGCACAAAUAUAAAUUGUACUCUAAUAUUGCGUUAUUCUUAUAUAAAAUUGUACACAAUUUUAUGCAAAAGAAUUGUACAAAUAUUUGUCAAAUGUUGAAAGUUCUAUAUAA